GCUUGACAGCCAAACAUUCCAAAUAUUCGAUUCCAAACAACAUUGUUGUCUCAAUCUUGGAUAGUAGUCAUCUUUUUAACAACAAAAGCCUGCCAUUUCAUACCCAAACCUCAACAACAAUGCCCCAUCCUUCCUUCCUAAGCUUCAUAUAAAAUUUCCUGUCAGAUCACAGCUUGCAUGUGCUGGGAGAUUUGGGUUUCAUCUUUGUCUCAAUUACUAUGUUGUUUUGAUGUUGUUUGUGGAGAGUCAGAUUGAACCAAGCAUACAUGAAUAAGCCAAAGGCAUUCUUAAAGGACAUAUUCAUAGGAGGGAGCAGAAGACAAUCCUCAAACCUCAGCAGAGAAGGUCAGUCAUCAUCAUCAGCUAAAGAGACAGAUAAAAUUCUGCACCCUCCCAUUGAAACUUACUGGUAUUUACCUCCACAAGAAGAGAGCAACAAGGCACCAAAACAGCAGAGGAGCAGGCUCUCAUUCUCCUUCAAGAAGCGACUGCGAAAGAGCAAGAGUUUGCAGAUGAUUCUGCAGGGGAGCCAUGAUCCUAAAGACCAAGAAAAAGUCGAUUCUUUUCGCGAUUUUAUCUUCCCCGACAUCCCCCUUUCGGGGAAGCAGUUGGAUUAUCAUACCCUCCUAAGGUUUCUUAGAAUGAGGGACUAUGAUAUGGUAAAAGCAAGAGAAAUGUUUCUCAAUUACCUCAAGUGGCGCGAGGAGUUUCGUGUUGAUGCUAUCUGCAAAGAGUUUAAGUACGAAGAAUAUAGAGAGGUUAAAGGGCUUUAUCCACAUGGUUUUCAUGGAGUAGAUAGAUAUGGGAGACCAAUUUACAUUGAUAGGGUUGGCAUGGUGGAUAUCAAUAAGCUUCUUGAAGUGACAACAAUUGAGAGAUUUGUAAAGUACCAUAUUUCUGAACAAGAAAAGACUCUGAAUUUGAGGUAUCCUGCAUGUUCACUUGCUGCCAAGAAGCAUAUUGCUUCCACAACAAGCAUCUUAGAUGUUAAGGAUGUGGGGAUGUCUAACUUUUCAAAACCUGCAAGAUAUCUCUUCCUGGAAAUUCAAAAGAUAGACAGCAAUUAUUAUCCUGAGACACUGCAUAGGCUGUUCAUUAUCAAUGCUGGAUCUGGAUUUAAGGUUCUAUGGAAAGCAAUCAGGGCUUUUCUCGAUCAACGCACGCUAGCAAAGAUCCAGGUGCUGGGGAACAACUACCUUAAAAACCUUGUUGAAGUUAUUGAUCCAAGCAACCUUCCAACAUUCUUGGGUGGUAACUGCACAUGUUCUGAACAUGGUGGUUGCCUCUCAAGUGACAAAGGACCAUGGAAUGAUCCUGAAAUUACAGACAUCCUUCAGGCCAUGCUUGAGGCAGAUGAGCAGUGUGACAAUCCUCCGGCUACACGAGACACCUUUGAUGAUGCAGAGAAUGUACAGAUUAAAGAUGUGUAUGAUGUGACACCGGAAAGAGAGCCGAGCAUUGGGCAAUUGGAUAAAGCGCAAGUGUUUGAUGCACAUUUCACGCAAAAGGUUUUGAGAAUUGAGGCUGUCAUUAAUGACACGAAUGCAAAAAUCCAAAAGUUGGAAGAUGCACUUAAGGAUACCAAAUUGGUUUUGCAAACACUUACAGAACACAUGGAAGAUUUGAAAAGAGGAUUGUAGUAACAAACAUUAUACUUAGGCUUAUGUUGUCAUAUGUUAUUGUGUGGUAUGCUAUACUAUGAUUGUAAUUCAUAUUUUCUCCAAAAUAGUUUGUAGAGUGACUGUUCAAGUACAAAAAUUAUGUUUCAACCACUCUACCACAUGUUCUAAGGAUAAUUUAUAUUUACAAAAGGUGUAUUAAAACGAUUA